ACAAAUCGAUAACCCUGAAUUAUUUAUUCUGGAUCUGUUCUGUGCCGUUGUUUGAAGGUUGGGCACCGUGUUAUCUCCCUCUGCAACUACACACGUCUGGUCUCGUCUGGUCUCUGCUCUCGUCAAGCCGGUGCGAUGGAAAGCAACUCUCUCUCGUCAAGCCCGUGCAAGGUUAAGGAGAUUCUCAAACGCCGCAAGAGGGAGAAAGAAAUUAGAAAGAGAAAACGAAUAAUCAAUCUAGUGCACCUGAUUCGUUGCUGUCCUGAGGAUACAAUGGAUCUCGACUCUGAUUACGAUAGUGCUGAUGAUAGUGUCAGCAGUGGCGAGAUUUGUGCUUAUUGUGACUACGUUGGUGAGCACACCUCUUGGGAGUGCCCCAAUUAUCAGAAGCCCGUAGACACUUGGGUUGCUCACCCUCUUGUGAAAGAAAGUUAUAUUUGCAGCAUUUGUGGUAAAAAUGACCACCACAUUGCAUGGUGCCCAUUGGCUCGAUCGUGCCCUCCUAGCACAAAAGUGGAACCUGGCUCUGAAAUAAUGUGUAGUGUCUGUCAUACUUACAUGUGCUCCAUUGAAUCGCAAUAUUGCAACAUAAAACGUGAUCAUCAUACAUUUGCUCAGUUAAAGGACUGUUUUUAUUGUUACGAAAAGGGACACUUUCCUCAGGUGUGCCCUUCUCGGGUGAAGGAUCUCCUAGCUGUCAUAGAACUAGAAAAUGCUGGGGAUGGCAAUAAUGGUCAGGAUGAUGAUAAUGAGAAGCCAAAUACAGAAUUCCAACGGUUUCGUUAUUCAUUUUUUGUGGCCAAUCUAGCUCCACAGGUUACUGAAGCCGAUCUCUAUCGUCAUUUCCAUGACAUAUCUGAUGUUGGAGAUGGAGAUGUUAUAGAAGUAAUGGUGCACAACCAUGAACAUAAACAUUAUGGGUAUCUUGAAUUCAGGACAAGAGAAGUGGCAUUAUCGGCUAUGGAGAAGGGGCAUCAUACUAUUCUCUGUGACAAGAAAAUCAAGUGUUACCCUACCUCAUUAGUAAAGCAAGAUCUGGUUGUUUUUUCCCCAUGAAGUUCAGGAGCAGGAGAAGCUUAUAUGCCAGCCACUGGGCCGCAAUAAGUAUUUGACAGACCUCUUGUUUUAAGUUAAUUUCCUUGUAUUGUAGUUUUUAAACGGUUAGACUGUUGAACAUCUAUCUGUAAUUAUUGUCGAAAAUUGUCUGUUUUUCAUUGAGAGUACUCGUAAGUCACAGUUCUCAAUCAGGAAGCUGUUAAUAUUUUUUACCUGAA